AUGAAUUAUCAAGUCACUAUCCUCCUCGCCAUUCUGUGCGCAAUAUUUGUGGUGUUGCUAUGUUAUGCCUUCUGGCAAAUGUCGCACAAGCAGAAACUCUUCAGCAAGCCGGCUCGCGGCAGCAGAAAGGCGUUCUCACCCCAACAGCAGCAAUAUAUGCGGUCACAGAGAAUGAGGAAUCUACAAGCGUUGGCCGAACUAGCAGACAUAGAAGCAGGCUACGGAGCCGAAACUGAAUAUACCACGACCGCGAGCAUGGGCAGGUUUAACCCGCCUCACGACAAAUCCAUUGCUGGAUCUACGCCAGGCCACCUAGCAUCCAACCAGUCCCGUCAAGACAUUCCGGCCAGGCAAUGGCAGGGACAGGGACAGGGAUAG